AUGGCUUGGUUCACUUACGUGCCUCACAAUGUAUUCUACGUCUUCUCGCACUUCUAUGCUGAGGAGCUCGCGGCCAUGCUGAUCACCUUUGCCAUAGGUCUAUGCUUGGUCACGGCUAAUCAUAUGCUCUGUGAAACUGAUUUGUUCUGGUGGACAGUAAUUGGCACUAUGGUUUCGCUAGGCUGUGCAGCUCUUUAUAAAAUAGGAAUAAUGUGCAACCCGCGAUUUGCCAAAGCACCCGAGCGUGACGAGCCUUCAGUUCUGGAGCCCGAAGACUAUUCUAGGUUUGGCGCACCAACACAAGUUCAUCGCGACGUGAGGCUCGAUGGGACAUCUUUUAGAGAUUCAGAUGGUCGGAGAGUUCACCUUAGAGGAAUUAACGUUGGAGGCAUGUCUAAGAUGCCGAUUGGUAGCAGCAGUAGCCAGAGUAGCAUACCCUCGGAUGGAGGAGCUACUUUCGUGGGCCGACCGUUCCCAUUGGAAGAUGCUGAUAUUCAUUUGCAAAGACUCCGGGCUUGGGGAUUGACAUUCUUGCGAUUCAUCGUUACAUGGGAAGCCCUUGAGCCUCGAAGACCAGGAGAGUAUGAUUAUGAAUAUAUUCAAUAUGUCGUUGAUAUCAUCCGGAAGUGUGAAGAGUAUGGAAUAAGUGUGCUUAUUGAUCCGCAUCAAGAUGCUUGGUCGAGGUGGACGGGAGGGGACGGAGCACCGAGGUGGACUUUGGAGAAAAUAGGAUUUGAUCCUGAAAAGCUAUCCGAGUCGGGAGCGUGUUUUCUACAUCAACGUCAUUUGGAAGAUGAAAGCGAUCCUGAGGGAUUUUUCCCGAAAAUGUCGUGGCCGGUUAAUAAUCUGUUUUAUCCGGCUGCAACGAUGUGGGCCAUAUUCUUUGCUGGGGAGGAUUAUGCCCCUAAUACUAAGAUUGAUAAUGAGAAUGCUGGAGUGUAUCUCCGUCGUCAUUAUUAUAACGCUGUGAGUGCUCUGGCUGAGGCACUUCGAGAGGAGAAGAAUGUUUUGGGAUUUGAGACUCUGAAUGAGCCGAAUAUGGGAUGGAUUGGUCGGAGCCUGCCCUUGGAAAAGUAG